AUGACAGACGCUUUUAGUUUGUAUUUCGAUAUCCUCAAUAAGAAUACCGCCUACAAUAAGCAUUCAGAUGUUGAACUCCUCAUAAGGCUAAAAAAUUUGAUGGUUGAUAUGGACGACAGCGACAAAGUUGGUAAAUACAGAGAGGUUCACUCCUUUCUAAAGAAUCACCACAAUCAAGUUAAAGCCACCACAAAUGAUACUCUUCAGGCGAGUGCUAUACACAGUCUGCUCGAACGGAGAUCCACCUAUCAGACACCGUACGUGCGCGAUAACACAGAGAAUAGAAGUACUUCAUCUAUGAUGUCCCGUAUUGAAGCUACCGCAAAAGAAUUUGGCUUGGAAGCUUUCCAGGAUCAGUCUCAACAAGCUGACGUAACGGUACAUACGGUCACCAUAGCCGGUACUAUUCUAGUCAUAGACGUGGAUCUGACGAGCACACAAAGUAAUACCUCCUUGACACGUCUCAAAACAACGUAUGCUACCAACUCCAGUAUUAAUCUGGAACCAGUAGACAACCUCCUUAUACGCGAUUUAGAUGGCUACGUUUCCCUUGAACCAAAUUCUAGUGACCCCGAGUCUGCGGCACUGCAAUCAGAACGCCAUUUCAUUAAUUUUAAACGCAACCUUCAGCAGCUUGUCGUACUUGACAAGCUUAGUCAGUCGAUUGGUAACCAAACUGAUCUUUUUGUUAAUUUUGAGAUCCUGUCAAAGGCGUUCGCUGACCUUAGUGUCAUAGAAAACGCUGCGACGUCGGAAGUGAAACACUUGCAUUUAUACCCCUCCUUAGAUAUCAAUGGCCACGGUUUCUCACUUCUUCAUACACCACGACCAUAUUUAACUCAAGUAUUGCACGUUUCUUCUCAACACUUGCUCGAUCCAGACGAAGCUCUUCGUUCUAUUUCUCUCCAAGACACUUAUUCAAUUCAUUUGGAACUUCGUGAAAAUGGAUUUCCAUUCAAACAGACUUUCCCUUCCAAAGUUCAGCCAUAUUUGAAAGCUCAACUACCGUUCAAUACAAAUAUACAGCCGCUUCCUGGCAAUGUUGAUCGUAUAACAGCUUAUGCAGUCCUUAAUAAGUCUCUCUAUCUUCCAAAAAGUGCAUGUAUAGCUAUACAAGCUGCAUUGGGAUACAGUGAUAAUGUUUCAGACCAGCAAAUUGUGAAGCUAACUUGGCUAGAUUGCAUAUAUCAACGUGAACUCCAAAAGCCUAUAGGAUUAGUCUCUCAGUCUGUUGCCAAUUUUAAACGUCAAAUAUACAGAUUUAAUAAUCCAGAAAAUGAUCAAACGAUUAUUAAACUUUCUGCAAUUCCUUUUAAGUCAUUCUCAGACCUUUUGAGGAUUAUAGAGAUACUUAAAACACAUCUUUUCAUUGAUGAGUUGAUAACUAGUUGUCUUCGUAAUAGUUCAGAAGCUGAAACUAUUAAUGAUGGACUUGAAAUUGCACUGUCGCUCAAUACAGAAUCUUUAUCAAUCGAAGUGAUCGUUGGAAGCACCAAUUGCACUAUUGCGGUAGAACAAAAUGAUUUAGCAAUCCUCUCAAACACUUUAGACGAAGGGAUGAAGGUUGGUUUCUCACAAGUCAUUCGCAAAACGAGAAAUUUACCUAUUGCACUCUCAUGGUUAACGAAGAAACUAGAUGGUGGUAAUGAUACAAUGCAACUAGACUAA